UUGUUCCUGUUUCCCAUUCACUGCAUUGUGGUCAAUAAUAUUUCAGUAACGUUUGAAAAGUUGUACAAAUUAUGUUAAUUUUGAUCAUAUAAAGCCAAAAUGUCAGAAAGGCACCGGGCGCUGCCGCCAUGGAUGGCGAAGAAGGAAGAGGAAACGAAAGAGAAGCAGCCGCUGAAGAGCAGGAGAAAACCGAAAACUGCACGAGCCGCUUUCUACUGUAUGAACGAGAGAGAGCUGGUGGAGGCAGCUAUUUCAUAUCUUACCGACCGUGUCUGCGAGGACGGUGCGCUCCUGACUGACCAGAAGGCUGAAGAAAAGGCAGCAGGCACCACUGUGAAGAUGAGGGAGAAUGCUGCCACUUCAAAGAUGAUAACAAAGCCAGCAUCAGACGCUUUAGAGGAGUCCUCAGGCUGUGGUGAUGACCCGGAUCUGACGUAUGUUUCAGAAACAGACUUGGACAUUACAGAGGUGGAAACAGUGCCAUACACUAAGAGCCCGCAACAUCAGGCCUCUGAAGGUCAAAGGUCACAACCAGUACAGAAUCAUGGCAGUAAUGAGAAUGUUGGGCUGCAGGAUAAGGAAAAAGAGCCAGCAGAAGCAGCAGAGGAGGAUGAUGCCUUACGGCUUGUGCGAGAAAUUUUUUUCACCUGAUGAUUUACUUAGAAUACCACUGAAAUGUUAUCAUUUCUCCAUAAAGCUACAAAUUAGAGACAUUAUCCAGUAAUUGAUGUUUCUGGGAUGUAAAAUCUGGUACAGCUUCAUGGAUUCUGGAUAUAAAUACUGGCACCUUUAGUUUUUGAACGUUUUUGCAUUAAAAUGAGGUGUAGAUGCCAGUGUUUAUUUUUUUUAAUGGCAGCAUCUAAAAUCCCUUUUUAGUGAGACAACUCAAUUCAGCAUCUUCCAGUGUGCCUCUGAGGUCCAUUAAGUGUUAGUCGAACUUCUACAUAUUUUACCUUUCACUGCAAUGUACUGAUUUAACAGUCUGCAGGGGUACUGAACUCUCAUCAACUCAUGGUGAAUGCCUACAAGAAGAUUUUACUGACGUGUUUAACCAGAAGGCCAGAACAUGGUGAGAUAAUUAAUAGAGCGGAUCCUUUGAUAAUGAAUGUGAAACUGACAGCAGGAGUGUUAAUGUUACAGUAUCACCACAGAGGUUUAGUGGUUACAGAAAUAUGCUUUAACCUAAAUACCUGUGCUUGCUGACAUUUUCAUGAGCAAACCACUGAACACUAUACAGUAGCUGUGCCAGCAGCUCCAGCUUCUCUUACAACACAGAUUAAAGUUUUUUGUUUCAUUAAUAUCGAACCAAGGGAUCAUAUCAUGUACUUUUAUUUUUGAAUGUGAAUUUAUAUAUGUAUAUGUAUACUCUUUAACUUUUUUUUACUUGAAUAAAUGUUAAAGCAGCUGUUAUUUGUGCACACUUAGGGCAUGCAUUUUUAAUUUUUUCCUGUCAUAAACAAAUGUGUGGACUCCAGCAACUGUCA